CUGUCGCUUUCGACAGUGCAAUCUUGCGCGUACACCAAACCAGCUGAUUUUUUUUUUCAUGUAAAUUUCAUCACAUUUCCGUUCAUCGGUUUCCAUCAAUUACAAGUCAAGCCUAAAUCUUCCGUCUUAAAUGGGAGUAUCAGUUAACGGAACUUGGUUCACAUUAUUUAAAAGGACGGGAAUACACUUCAACGGUCAGUUAACCAUCCACAGAGACAAGUGACGGAUUGAAAUUGACAACUGCUAUUGACAACACGCUAUGAAAGAUACCACAUUGGCACUGCCGCUGGUAGCACUAACUUUUGUCAUUUGUUGGACUCCGGGACAUCUCAAAUGUCUACCCGCUUCGGAAUCUUCGGAAUACAAAGAAGUUCUUAUUAACCAGUUUAAAAAGAAAAUCCUCAAGAGACUUGGGUAUUCUUCUCCUCCAAAUGUCACCGCUUUGCCAAAUGAUCAACUCAAAAACGACAUGGCUCGUCAGUUUAUGAUUCAGCGAGGAGUACUUCCGAUCGAUACACAACAGGAGGCUGAAAAACCACAUACUUACAGAGCACUGAAUGGUGUCCCUUUGGACGUGAGCUCUCAUUUCCCUGACGUGACUCCGCUCCAUGCGACAACGUUUCACAUAGGGGAACAUUCGCCUCGACAUCAUCUUGUAGAAAAAGCAUGGCUUAGUUUUUGUCAGAAGAUAUCCAAUGGAAGGAGACCUUCCCAAACCCUGAACAGAAAAGGGAGACUUCUAAUUUACCAACUUGAGCACGACAGUGGCUCGCACAGGACCGGGCGCCAUCUUGUCGUAAGUCGUCCAGUAAAGUCCCUGUCGUCUGCUUGCAUGAAUAUCGAUGUUUCAGAAACUCUGAGAAAGAAUUUCACUGGGGAUGUGACAUUUGUUCUGGUUUUCAUAAAAGGACGAAGAUCCAAUGAGCAGGACAAGACUGAUCGUAAAUCCCUAAUGUCCAGUAUUCGAUCUACCCUUUUAGUGAACUUAGGUGAGAGAGGUAAAGUUUUUCCCCGAGAGAAACGGGAGGUCGGAAGGACAGACUGUAAAGCAACGGACGGCGAGAAGAGGUGUUGCCGGUACCACACUUACAUAUCCUUCAAAGAAAUAGGCUGGGAUGACUGGGUUAUCGCCCCUCCCGGAUAUGACGCUUAUUACUGCGCCGGAGAGUGCCCACAUCGAUACAAGAUGGCGCACACAUUCGCAGGGAUUAAGUCUCUUCUACAUCACAUGGACCCAACUCGUGUUCCUCAGCCCACGUGUACGGCGACGCGACUACGUCCUCUGACGUUGCUAAGCCUCGACGAGUUUGGGAAGAUGACAUAUUCGGACCACCCUGACAUGAUUGUCGACGAGUGCAAGUGUUCCUGACAACGGAGCGUUUCAGUUAGGACAGACGUUUGCAAUGAGCUACGGGAUUGACUGAAUGACGUACAUGUGUUAAUACACGUACAAAGUAUAUAUGACAUACAGCAAAGAGGGCUUAAGUUAUAUUAGAACCGAGGAACAAAAGAAACUAUACCUGUCAGAUGUUUUCCUCAAAUGUUUGAUUUUACUUUGAAAAUUACUUUAGAUGGCAAUAUAUCUAAACAAUUAACUGUGCUGGCGCUUAGUCAGCAAUGAAUCUGCUUGGUUACAUUGGUUCCAAAUAAAAUUUAAUUUAGUACAUUUAAGUUUAAAAUUAAAUCGCAAAAUACACAACAAUUGAAGGGUAUGUUACCUUAAAAACAGUUAUGUAAGUAAAUUUGCUUUUCAUCGGCACAAUGUGAAAUUUCGAACAUGGUAGGAGUGGGUGAUUGUUAAAUGGACAAAAAUUCAUCAACGGUGAAUUUUCAUUACAUAAAUACAGGCUCGGUACCCUUUGUUUUGCCCUCCGUUUAUGUGUAAUUCAAAAGAAGGCCACAACGUAUUCGUUCCUGCUUCUUCACGUUGAAGAGCUGAGCCCGGCUCCACACAUGACCCUUAGCACUACGACUCUCGUAAGUCUGUAUUAGAGCAUGAGAGUUUGGCUCAAAAAGACUUUGUGGAACAAGACACCGAAUUAAUUUAUAUGGCAUGUUUCUGAAACUUCAGUUUUUAGAAGUUAUUGCCUUUUUCGUUUGAUAUAUGUGCAUCAAAUACUGCAUCAGAUUUUAGUUCUUACCCAUGCAUUAUUAAUUAGGGCAAAGGGGACCACUGGUGUCUUUGUUAUGUAAAUUUUGUCAAGGGAUCAUCGUCCUAUAAAUCACAGAAUAUGUAGGGUUGUUUUUAGAAACAAAAAUUCACAAUAUUUUGGAUUAUUCUGAGGAACUUAUAAUCAGUAUGGUAUGGUCUUCAGAUGCAGUUUCUGACGACAAGCUGCCUGCUCCAAUGUCUGCCUGGAUGUUUUAUGUUUUCAAACGAAUGAAAUAGACAUCUCUAUGUUCUAUAUUUGCAUAAAUGCAAGUGAUGCAUGUCUAUUUCAACAUAUGAGAUACAAUCUCAGUUAUUUUGGAUGGAAAACUUAAACCUUUACUCUGAAUCUGAUACUUCAUGUAAGAUACUAUAUUUAUGUAUAUAUAGAUGGAAUCUUUGUAAAUAUAAAAUAUUUAUUUAUUUAUUUGUGUGCAUGUGCUUUAUGUAUGAUAUACUUUGUUGGAAUAUAUAUGUCUUUUAAAGCAACGGUAUGAUACGUUAUCAAACUCGAAACUCUGUACGGUGGUCGUUUGUUUGUUUUGUAGAGGUAACAUGUUUGAAUAUCCAUCUAUUUUUAAACCAGUUUGGGAAAGUAAGCAGUCAGUUGUGUUACGGGAGCUGAGAAUGGGCGGGUCCGACUACGGCAGAACCAAAGCACGUUUUCACAUUCUGCUUGGCUCGAAAUGGAUUUCUUAUCAAUCACUGGUUUAGCAAAACACACAAUCAUCUACAUAAAUCUCGUUUGUAUGUUUUCACAAUUAAUUAUCAUAUUUUUCCCUUGUACCUUGACUAGGCUAAUCGUCAUUCAUUGUGAGACAAUAAUUCAAAUGGCAUAUCGAGAUGUGUUUACUCAUUGUUUAUGUAUGUGUUUGUCACGUUUUAUCAUUUUGAGGUGGUGAGGCAAUUUUUAUGUUUUAUUAUCACAACUUGAUUCCUAUUUCGAUUAUCGAUACCGACUGUUAUUCGAUUGUUGUUUUUAAAUCUCGGUGUUUCACCACUGUGAACAUCUGUACGCCAUGAAAACCAGGUUUAAUAGCUACAUUUGCCCACUACAGAAGGAACGAACUGUUCGACAAUGCGUUUGACCAGUGACAAGUCAAGGUUGACGAGAACUUGUGUUCUUACAGGUUUGAUUGACCAUACGAGGAACUAAUAUAUAUUAUUUACAAUCUUCCUUAGUCUUGUAAAUAUACGACCUCUGCAAAUCCACUUCCGUCCGUUAAUACAAAUCAAAUUUUAUUUAUUUAUUUACUUGGACUACAAAUCAAAUUUUAUUUAUUUACUAUUUAUUUUGUGUGGCUAACAUUUGCGCUAGUCAGUUAUACGGCACUGUCAUGUUGUUUAUCUUCAUUAUGUAAAUGUGAGCUUCAGUGUGAUUUGAGUUCGCUAUGUUAACUAUGUACCUGAAACCUCGGGUAUCUGGAGCCCUUCAUUCCGGACGCUGACUAUUGUGAUGUCGAACUGUAGACAAGGGACCUUUAUCCACGAUUCAUCCGAAAGUGAGUCAGUCACAACGGUUGGAAAUCGUGUCCCGAUGAAAGAGGUUUAGCUGUAUAUUUUUAUAACGGUGUGUCUGUAAAUUUCAUUGAACAUCUUAGUCACAAUAUGGCUGAAGUACUCCCGAUGUGACUAUAAACUUAAACUCACUCACUCACUCAUUGUACAUCACCCCACCGAAGCAACUGAGAACGCUAACUCACAACACGUGUACAGAUAAUACCUCGACGUUUGAAUUAUGUGAAUCCGUUGCUGUAUCUUGAGAUGUAUCCGUGUUCCUGUACCAUUCCAAUGGUGUCAGCUUUCCUUGUAGGUCUGUUUACAGGGGCGGAUCCAGAGGGUGUGUGCGGGGGUGCUCCCUGAGGAUCAUUUCCCCCUAACCUUUAGACUUCAUGAUUUAUGUGCACCCCCUCUUCUCAAAAAUCCUGGUUCCGCCCCUGGUAUAUUUAUCCGCAUAUUUAGCUUAGCUAGUCUCAGAACCGAUACCGGGUUGGGAUCGAACCCCAGCAACCUAUUAUGGCGCCUAAAUGGGUGAUCGAUGCUAAUAAUAUCAAUCACUGGAUUAUCUGGUCCAGACUCCAUUAUUGUUGAGUGUAGCGCCAGUCACUAAACAUAACAAAACCUUAUUUUAGGAAUAGUCUCUAUGCUUUUAGGGACAUAUUAUGAGCACAAAUUAGGUGGCAUGUGUCCAUCUAGCAAACUAUUUGGUUGAGGUCAUUUAAUUGUGAACGAAUAGACCCAUUUCCCUUAAUAGCUAUAUCACGUAGUUUCUAAAUAGAAUUCAUUAGAUAAAGUGCUUGUUUUGAUAUGUUUGGGUCCUUGGUUUUAGCAAACUUAAAGGUCAUCAUUAGAAAAACUCAAAGCUAUGUGUACUUUAGUAUUGCUCAAGGUUCAACAACGUCAGCUGUAUAUAUCAGCAUUGUAUACACUUUUAAAUAUUCUCUCCUCAAGAAAGAGUAUCUUAAAUUAUAUUUGUACAUAUACAAUUUGCGUUUUAUUAUUUACAUGCGUAUAUCUCAAAUUGUUUACUUUGAUGUGUUUCAACACAACCAAUCAGGUGCUUGUGUGAUUGUCGACAACAGAUAAACUCCAAAUGGACGGAUGAUGAUUCUUGCCAAAAUAUGAUAAAUUUGUUAUCUCCACUGCUUCUGACGCUGUGAUAUCAUGAAGGCCCCCCUUGGGGUCAUUUGAAUAAACUAUUGUUGUCGAUA